AUGGGACCCCCAGCUGACACCCAGGCGCCGCACGAGCCGGCGUUGCCUGAAGACGAGGAUAUCGCCAAGUUCAAUCUGACCGAGGUAUACGCAGCCCUGUCGAAGAUCGAGAACACAGACCAAUACAUCGUGGCGUGGGAAGCCGCAGCUGGAAAAGGCCCAGCGGCGAAUAUCCGACACCGCGAGGGCCGCCGAUUGCGAUACAAGCUGGACGACAAACGCAAGGUGCUGCGCGCGACUGCCAACGAGCUGUCGAGGGACAAGAUCCGCCGCCUUACCCUCCUCGAGAUGCCCGCUGAGGUCCUCCUCAAAGCCUUCGAGUACUUCCGCCAUCCCGGCGUGGAACCAGCCUUGGUCGGGUGGUCUUGGUCGGAGCUCAACGAGAACGAGCACUCGUACCAGCGCGAGCGGCAGAACCUCUUCGACGCGCGGCUGGUCUGCCAGGCGUUUGAAGCGUGCGCCUCGCCCAUCCUGUUCUCGUUCGUCGCGGUGAGCCUGUCGCAGGCAUCCCUCGACCGGUUCGUCGCCCUCGCCCGCUGUCCCGGCCUGGCGCGCGCGGUCCGUGGCAUCUUAAUCCGACUGCCCUACCGACCCCCCGAGCUCGCCACGAACUUCAUCCGAUUCUAUGAGCAUCGCGCGAGGCUCGAACCGGCGGACUACGCAGGCUUGACGGUGUCCGAGCACCACGCCGCGUUUCACCGGGCCCACGCGGGGUAUUGUCGCGCCCAUGAGGAGCAACACCAGCUGGUCGCCCGCGGUGACUUUGUGAGAAAGGUGGCCGAAUCGGUGGGGAGGAUGUCCAACGUCAUCACGAUGGGAGUGACGGAUCACGAGAGCAGCAUCAUGGACUACGCACGCUAUGUAGAGUAUGAGAAAGAAGGCCAGCCCGAGCCCGCCCGCCUGCACACACGUCUCCUCGAUCCGCUGCCCUGGAGACACACCGAACACCCCCCCGCGAGGCUCCUCUUCGAGCUCCCCGUCGCCCUCAGAGCCACGGGCUGUGCGUUGCGGCACAUCUACAUUGGCGCCCUGCGGCUCGUGGACGCAUUCCCGUCAGCCACGGGCCCCGAUCUGGGCACGCUGGGUUCGUUCUCCGCGCCCAGCGCCGCCUGUCAGGAUCUCCGCAGCGUCAGCAUCGGCGAUCCGUUCAAGUGGUGGGCGGGCAGCCGCGGGGAGCAUCCGACCUACGACCGGGCCGCAGCGACCGAGUACCUCCACGCGAUGCUUUCCAGCCGGCGUCUCGAGCGCGUGCAGCUCGCCCUGCGGCCGAUGCUGGGCCCGGAUUCCGAGACCUUUGACCACGAGUUCGAUCUCGGCCCGCUGGUCCGCCGCGUGCAGUGGCCGUGUCUCCGCGAGCUGUCGCUGAUGUGUGUGGCGAUGGAGGAGGACGAGUUACGGGGGCUGCUAGAGCAUCUGGAGAGCUCCCUGCAACAGAUCAGCCUGGCCUACGUGCACCUCCGCACCGGGAGCUGGCCCGAUCUCCUUGACACUUGGCGUGAGGCUGUCCGCGACAAUCGUUAUCGCCACCCCCUCCGCGUGAGUUUCAACAGCCCGUCCGAGCAUGGGAGGAAUUACGACUACUCGUUGACCUGGAAGCAGGCUGCUAAGUAUGUCGUGGGGAUGGUUGGCGUGUUUAACCCUUUUCGACCGCGUCAUUCUUGGACCAAGAUUGUGGAUGCAGAGGAGGACGAAUAA